AUGCUGAUCAAAGAAUUCCACAAAGAUGUUCAAACCCAGGCAGACGGGCCAGGCACGAUGCGAUAUCCGCACGCCAAGUUUCCGGGUGUAGUCGUCUUCUCUGAGAUCUAUCAAGUCACUGGUCCGGUCCAGCGCUUCGCUCGCCAGAUAGCCUCACAGGGCUAUAUUGUCGCAGCUCCGUCCUCGUACCACGAGUUCACUGGUCCAGAAGCGCUCGCAUACGAUGUUCCUGGUACAGACGCUGGAAAUGAGUGGAAAAUCACGAAGAAACUUUCAGCCUACGACGAGGACGCUGAAUUGUCCGUGACUACACUCCUGAACAUGCCAACGUGUAGUGGCAGGAUAGGGGCUACCGGAAUGUGUCUUGGUGGUCAUCUGGCAUACCGUUGUGCUCUGGACUCGCGAGUGUCCGCAGCUGUGUGCUACUUCGCUACAGAUAUCCAUAGCCAUAGUCUCGGUGCAGGCAAGAAUGACGAUAGUCUACAGAGAGCAGGAGACAUCAAAGGAGAGCUUGUGAUGAUCUUUGGGAAGAAUGACAAUCAUGUUCCUGUUGAUGGAAGGACUUUGAUCAGACAGACCUUGCACGAUGCUGGAGUGGAGUUCAGUUUCUACGAGAUCGCAGGGGCACAACAUGCAUUUAUCAGAGAUGAGCUCAGUAAGGAUCGUUAUGAUGCGGCGAUUACGAAGGUGUGCUUUGAGAUGCUUAUUGAGUUGUUUGGGAGGAGGUUGAGGACAGAUCUGGGAGAACCCAGCGGGGAGAAGCUGAAGGUCGAGGACAUAUGCUGA